AUGGUCUCCGACAACUCUACGUGGACCCCCGAGACCGUGCUCUCUACCCUCCCCUACCGCCUAGAGGAGAACUCUACGUCGCCUGUCCCCUUCUUCCACUUGAUCGAGCGCCUUAAGACUACCAAGCGCGAGGGCUGGCGCCGCUUCGGCAUCGAUAAUGGAGAGUCAAUCUCUGACCAUAUGUACCGCAUGUCGAUCAUGACGAUGAUGGCCCCGCCGUCCCUGGCAGAGAAGAUCAACAUUCCGCGCUGCAUAAAGAUGGCCUUGAUCCAUGAUAUGGCCGAGGCGCUUGUCGGCGAUAUCACUCCAGUCGAUCCCGUCACUAAGCCCGAGAAGGCUCGUCGUGAGGCCUCCGUUAUGGAUUACAUCACCUCUACCCUCCUCGGCAAGGCGAACGAGAGUGAUGAGGCCAAAUUCGUGCAUGAUAUCGACAAGAUGGAGCUGCUGUUGCAAAUGGUUGAGUAUGAGCGCGCGCAUAAGGUGGAUCUCACCGAGUUCACCCAUGUCAGGAAGCGCAUUCAGUUUGAACCGAUUCAGAAAUGGGCUGAUGAAGUUAUUCUGGGGAGACCGAACAAGGCAUAG